AUGGUAAACAGCUGUGCUGUUCCUUAUUGCACUAAUCGGYAUAGCCGUGAAAGUGAUAUUCGCUUUUAUCGUUUGCCGCUGAAAAAUCCGAAGUUAUUGAAAGAAUGGCUGCGACGGAUUCGCUGCAAGAGCAUUCCAGUCAACCAGUUCACUCGAGUUUGCAGUGAACAUUUCGAAGGGAAUCCUCAAAGAAUAGGCCCGAAUGACAUUCCCUGUAUUUUUGCCUGGUCAAAAAAGUCUGUACCAAGACCAACGAGAGGAAGAGUUGCAGCUGUGAGCGAUCGACAUGAAGCAGAGCAGCCUACGUCGGACGACGUUACGGGCACCACAGCAAGRAAUUCAGAAUCCACGAAACAACCUGGCACCCUUUCUGAAACCGGUAAUUUAGGAUCAAUCGAAAGCUUACUAAUUGCAGCUGAAAUGGAGAAGACUUCUUAUCAGCAAAACAACGAAGAAUCAACUCACGAUCAYUUGGGACUAGAAACUCUCUCCGAAGCUUGUGAGCUACACCAAAACAACAGCGAAUUAGAUCCGUUAAGACUAGAAACUCUCUCUGAAGCUAGYGAGCUACACCAAAAAGAAAACGAAAAAGAUGAAGCUAUAAAAUCCUUAGAAAAUCAACUGAAAUG